AUCUCUUUAUAUUAUACGGCAGCAGCUUUAUUAUUUUUCACUAUUAUAAUAAAUGCUGCGGCUAUGAAAUACAAGACUCCCCAUCAGACAGCGGAUCCCAUAGUCGCCUCCACUGAUACGGAGCCGUCAGUCCGCCGCCGCCCUCGCUUAGUAUCGCGACCUGUCACCUUGUGUGGUCCACCGUCCCCGCGCCGGCCAUUGGGGUAAACAUCGCUCGGCAUAGUGACUCAACUUCGAUUUCAGAGCCAUUGAAUUAUAUUCGGAGCUUGCGGGGAAGAGGGCUUUGCUUCUGUGAAGCUUCGUUAUGUGAUAUUAUUCUCGCCUUAGCCCAAAAUGCCUCCAGUCAUCUUGGGGGAUCUCAGCUUCACCGCCGGAACCCAGGUCCGGAUAUCAUACAUCGCCCUCUCCAAUCUCAAGCGCUCAACAACCAAACAACCACUGAGAGCGGCAUUCUCAACAUCUAAGAAAGCAUCAAAACCCCCCUUCGAUAGGAACGACCUUCAAGGGCAACCGUUCACUGGCGUCUAUGAGCCUGUCGGACCUACGAGAGGCCCGUUGGGCCAAGCAUCCAGCCAUGGGGCACCUCGAAUCACACCUCGACGAUUGAAGGAACACCUGGAUAAAUAUGUUAUUGGGCAAGAGAGGGCAAAAAAGAUGCUAUCCGUAGCCGUGUACAACCAUUAUCAGCGAGUGCACGAGCUUCAGAGGCAAGAGGAGGAGGAGCAAUUCAGGCUGGAUCGUGAGGCUAGGAAGAGGAGUGUUCGGGAACACGAAGUCUACCAUUCUGAUGAUAUAUUUCUUCCUGCGAAGAGAACCAUAAAGUUCAGCCCAACACCGGAAGAGGAGCCUGUCCCUAAAGUAGCACGCCGAAUUUCUUCUCUAAGGAAUGAACCCUUCCGAAACGAAUUUAUACGAAAUGAAUCCAUACGAAGCGAAUUCACACGGAACGAACCCAUACGAAAUGAACCUCCUCCUCUCCACGAUCCCCUUGCCGACCGCCCCGGAAUUACGAUUGAGAAAUCGAACGUCAUGGUUAUUGGACCCACAGGCGUGGGAAAGACUCACAUAUUGAAGACUCUGGCUCGGGCCCUCGAAGUCCCCUUCAGCAUGUCCGACUGCACACCCUUUACGCAAGCUGGUUAUAUAGGCGAAGAUGCGGACGUUUGCGUGCAGAGGCUCCUUGCGGCUGCAGAUUACGAUGUUGCUCGAGCAGAACAUGGUAUAAUAUGUCUGGACGAGGUGGACAAGCUGGCCGUCUCUCGAUCAAUGAACGGGCGGGAUGUCGGUGGCGAGGGUGUACAACAAGCGUUGCUAAAAAUCGUCGAAGGCACAACUCUCACUAUAACCGCAAAGCAUGAUCAGAAGAGUAAUCGCGCUCCUGGCGGGAGUCCAGCGAACGUCAAUUUCACUGCCAAUUCAGCGCAGCCAACAGGCAACGGCCAGAAGCCGGAAAGCUACACCAUCAACACCGACAAUAUUCUGUUCAUCUUUACCGGUGCCUUUGUUGGCCUCCAAAAGAUGAUCAUGAACCGUCUCUCCAAAGGCUCGCUCGGUUUUGGGGCGUCUGUCCGGAACACCCCCACGUCGCCACAUCAGAUGACGAUGAACUCAGAAGACGCACGCACCUACUUCAAGAACCUCCCCUUCUACACUGACAUCCCCACUGCCACAUCCGCCACCACCGACGCCACAGCCACAACAGUCCCCGAGCAAACCUACAAUCCCCUCGACCUCGCCACUCCUCAGGACCUCCAAACCUUCGGCCUCAUCCCCGAAUUCCUAGGCCGCAUUCCGGUUACCGUCGCUCUCGCACCGCUCUCACUCCCCAACCUCGUCAGCAUCCUCACCGAACCCCGCGACGCCAUCACAGCGCAGUACACCGCCAUGUUCGCCACUUUCGGCACUGAGCUGCGGUUUACCACUGCCGCUUUAUACGCCAUCGCGCAGACGGGUCUUGAGCUCGGCACUGGAGCACGCGGAUUGCGUACCGCGGUCGAGAUGCUACUUGGAGAAGCGAUGUACGAGGUCCCUGGGAGCUCGGUACGGUAUGUGCUUGUUGAUGCGAGGGCGGCGAGGAGGGAGGGGAGGGUUGGGUAUUGGAGCCGUGGGAAAGGGGGGGAGUUUGUGAGGGCGUGGGAGAUGGAGGAGAAGGAGUGGGCGGAUAAGGAGAAGAGGGAGAAGGGGCGGGAGGACUCGAGUGUGAGUUUUGAGGCGUUGAGGGAGAGUGCUGGGAGUGGGAUGUGAGGAGGCUUUGGAGGGGUGUCUGGGAGGUUUGAUGGGCCUACAAUGGCGUUGCAUGGUUAUUGGGCGUUUUCCUGGAUGGGGUAGGAGGCGUGGGCGUAUGGUAUAUAUCUAGGUUAGCCGCGAGGUUUUGAAGAAUAC